AUGGAGAACAUUGAUUAUGAAUACAAGAAUGAUUGGGAAACCAGUAUGUUUCUCCCAUCAGAAGAACUCGACAGUUAUCUCGACGAAACACUGUUGGCAUACUACGAUUCGAGCUCUCCGGAUGGAACCUUAUCAUCAAUGGCAUCAAAGAACAUUGUAUCAGAGAGAAAUAGGAGGAAGAAACUCAAUGAAAGACUCUAUGCAUUGAGAGCAGUGGUCCCUAAGAUUUCAAAGAUGGAUAAAGCGUCGAUAAUCAAAGAUGCAAUUGAUUAUAUUCAAGAGUUGCAAGAAGAAGAGAAGAGAAUUCGAGCCGAAUUAUCAGAGCUCGAAUCUGGUGGAUCAUCGAGUAGUACAAUUUUCGACUUCGAUCAAGAGGCUACAACUUUUUAUUCAAAACCAAAGAGAUCAAGAAUUGAUCAAUGCUAUGAUUCUGCAGGAUCAAGAUCAUGCCCUAUUGAAGUUCUUGAGUUGAAGGUAUCCAAUAUGGGAGAAAAGACAGUUGUGGUUAGCCUCACAUGUUGUAAAAGAACAGACACAAUGGUAAAGCUUUGUGAGAUCUUUGACUCUUUGAAGCUCAAAAUCAUUACUGCCAAUAUCACUACUUUUUCUGAAAGGCUUUUGAAGACCGUAUUCAUCGAGGCUAAUGAAGAGGAAAAAGACCUUCUAAGACUAAAGAUAGAAGCAGCCAUUGCAGCUCUAAAUGAUCCAGACAGCCCAAUGAGUGCCUAA